CUCUCCUCCUCCCCCCUCCUCCCAAUCCCUACUUACUCGCACCUCUCCUUCCUCCCUCCCUCUAAUUCUUCACGUCUCCUCCUCUCCUCCCCAAUUCCUCACUUGUCGUCUUUCUUUCCUUCACUAUCCGGUCAUUUUCUUUGCGUGGCGUUCUGUUGGGUGGAUGAGGUCGUGCUGCGGCCUUAGGUAAAUAUGGCUCCUCUACCGAUCAAGUUCACGGAGCUCCUUAAUUUGACAACGGCUGAAAUUGCGCCUGCGUCUAUUGGUUUCAACUCAUGCACUCUAGAAUCAGACCACUAUGUGUGUGUCCGGCAAAAGCUCGAUGAAGACGACAAGCCCCAGGUCAUUAUCAUCAACCUGAAGAACAACAAUGAGGUCAUCAAGCGGCCGAUCAACGCGGACAGUGCUAUCAUGCACUGGGACCGCAAUAUCAUCGCCCUCAAGGCUCAGGGUCGCACGAUCCAGAUCUUUGAUCUGGCGGCGAAGCAGAAGCUGAAGUCGUCGGUGAUGAAUGAGGAUAUCGUGUACUGGAAAUGGUUCAGCGAAAAGUGCCUGGGUCUGGUCACGGAACAGUCCGUAUACCACUGGGAUGUCUUUGACCCGACUCAGACACAACCUCUGAAGAUCUUUGACCGUCUUCCCAACCUCAGUGGAUGUCAAAUCAUCAACUACCGCGUCAACGAAGAUGAGAAGUGGAUGGUAGUGGUCGGAAUCAGCCAGCAGCAGGGACGUGUGGUGGGCUCGAUGCAGCUCUAUUCCAAGGAGCGAGGAAUCUCCCAGUUCAUCGAGGGUCAUGCUGCUGCCUUCGCUUCCAUUCGGGUCGAAGGCUCCCCGCUCGAGCACAAGCUGUUCACCUUCGCCGUCCGAACGCCGACCGGGGCCAAGUUGCAGAUCGCCGAGAUCGACCACCAGGAGCCGAACCCACGGUUUCAGAAGAAGGCAGUGGAGGUAUACUUCCCUCAGGAGGCUGUCAACGACUUCCCUGUCGCCAUGCAGGUCUCCAAGAAGUACGACAUCGUCUACCUGGUCACCAAAUACGGAUUUAUUCACCUCUACGACCUUGAGACCGGCACUUGCAUCUUCAUGAACCGCAUUUCCAGCGAAACAAUCUUCACCACUGCCCCUGAUUCCGACUCUGCUGGUCUGGUCGGUGUUAACCGCAAGGGCCAAGUUUUGUCCGUCAGUGUCGAUGAGAGCAACAUCAUCCAGUAUCUGAUGGAGAACCCCGCCAUGUCCGGCCUCGCAGUUAAGCUCGCUUCUAAGGCAGGUCUUCCUGGAGCGGAUCAUCUCUACCAGCAGCAGUUUGACAACCUUAUUGCCCAAGGAAACUUCUCCGAGGCUGCCAAGAUCGCUGCGAACUCGCCACGCGGUUUCCUCCGGACCCCGGAGACCAUAAACCGCUUCAAGAACGCUCCCCAGACGGGUCAGAUGUCUGUCAUCCUCCAAUACUUCGGUAUGCUGCUGGACAAGGGCUCUCUGAACAAGUACGAGAGUGUGGAACUGGUCCGCCCUGUUUUGCAGCAGAACAGGAAGCACCUUCUUGAGAAGUGGAUGCGCGAAAACAAGUUGGAAGCCUCCGAAGAGCUUGGUGAUAUUGUCCGUCCUUACGACAUGAACCUGGCCUUGUCUAUUUAUCUCCAGGCCAAUGUAUCCCAGAAGGUCAUUGCCGGGUUUGCUGAGACGGGCCAAUUCGACAAGAUCCUCACGUACUCGAAGCAGGUUGGCUACCAGCCGGAUUACACCCAGCUUUUGCAGCACAUCGUUCGUGUGAACCCCGAAAAGGGUGCCGAAUUCGCCACGCAGCUCGCCAACGAGGAGUCGGGAGCUCUCAUCGAUCUCGACCGCGUUGUCGAUGUGUUCCUGUCCCAGAACAUGAUCCAGCAAGCCACUUCGUUCCUUCUCGAUGCCCUAAAGGAUAACAAGCCCGAGCAUGGCCAUCUUCAGACUCGUCUGCUCGAGAUGAACCUUGUCAACGCCCCCCAGGUUGCCGAUGCCAUUCUUGGCAAUGAAAUUUUCACGCACUACGACCGUCCUCGGAUCUCCCAGCUUUGCGAGAAUGCUGGUCUCAUCCAGCGUGCUCUUGAGAACACCGAGGACCCGGCGGCCAUCAAGAGGAAUAUUGUUCGUACCGACAAACUGAGCCCCGAGUGGUUGAUGGAGUACUUCGGCAAGUUGUCCGUUGAGCAGACGCUCGACUGCAUGGACACCAUGUUGCAGGUUAAUAUCCGCCAGAAUCUGCAAGCCGUUGUCCAGAUCUGUACCAAGUUCUCCGACCUCCUUGGCCCCUCUCGCUUGAUUGCCUUGCUCGAGAAAUACCGUACCGCUGAGGGUCUCUACUACUACCUUGGCAGUAUUGUUAACCUUAGCGAAGAUCCCGAGGUGCACUUCAAGUACAUCGAAGCUGCCACUGCUAUGAACCAAAUCACGGAAGUGGAGCGUAUCUGUCGCGAGAGCAACUACUACAACCCUGACAAGGUCAAGAACUUCUUGAAGGAGGCCAAGUUGACCGAGCAGCUGCCGCUGAUCAUUGUGUGCGAUCGGUUCAACUUCAUCCACGACUUGGUUCUUUACCUCUACCAGAACCAGCAGUACAAGUCUAUCGAGGUUUACGUUCAGCGUGUCAACCCCUCGCGCGCGCCUGCUGUCGUUGGUGGUCUGUUGGAUGUCGACUGUGAUGAGAGCAUCAUCAAGAACCUUCUCUCGACUGUUGACCCGGCUGUGAUCCCCAUCGAUGAGCUUGUUUCCGAGGUGGAGAGCCGCAACCGGUUGAAGUUGCUUCUGCCCUUCCUUGAGGCUACGCUUGCGACGGGUAACCAGCAGCAAGCCGUCUACAACGCAUUGGCCAAGAUUUACAUCGACAGCAACAACAACCCCGAGAAGUUCCUCAAGGAGAACGACAUGUAUGACACUUUGACCGUUGGAAAGUACUGCGAGAAGCGGGAUCCCAAUCUUGCAUACAUUGCCUACCGCAAGGGACAGAACGAUCUCGAGCUCAUCAACAUCACCAACGAGAAUGCCAUGUACCGUGCUCAGGCGCGCUACCUUGUUGAGCGGGCUGAUCCCGAGAUCUGGUCGUUUGUCCUGAGCGAGAACAAUCAGCACCGUCGUUCCUUGGUCGAUCAAGUCAUUGCCACCGCCGUGCCCGAGUCGACUGAGCCAGACAAAGUGUCCGUCGCCGUUAAAGCCUUCCUUGAGGCUGAUCUCCCCGGUGAGCUGAUUGAGCUUCUGGAGAAGAUUAUCCUUGAGCCCUCGCCUUUCAGUGACAAUGGCAGCCUCCAGAACCUGCUGAUGUUGACUGCUGCUAAGGCCGACAAGAGCCGUUUGAUGGAUUACAUCCACCAGCUCAACGAGUUCAGCCCCGACGAGAUCGCUGAGAUGUGUAUCUCAGUUGGAUUGUACGAGGAGGCUUUCGAGAUCUACAAGAAGGUCAACAACUUCCUUGCCGCUGUCAAUGUCCUGGUCGAGAACAUCGUCAGCAUUGACCGUGCUCAAGAGUUCGCUGAGCGUGUUGAGUUGCCCGAGGUCUGGAGCAAGGUGGCCAAGGCGCAGCUCGAUGGUCUUCGUAUCUCUGACUCCAUUGAAUCGUACAUCCGUGCUGGUGAUCCCUCUAACUACCUUGAGGUUAUCGAGACCGCCACCCACGCUGGCAAGGAUGAGGAUCUCGUCAAGUUCUUGAAGAUGGCCCGCAAGACACUGCGUGAGCCUGCCAUUGAUACCGGUCUCGCUUUCUGCUACGCCCGCCUUGACCAGCUCGCCGAGCUGGAGGACUUCCUGAGGACCACUAACGUGGCCGAUAUUGAAGCCUCUGGUGACAAGGCUUACGAAGAAGGAUACCACCAGGCCGCCAAGAUCUUCUACACCAGCAUUUCCAACUGGGCUAAGCUGGCAACCACCCUGGUUCAUCUGGAAGACUACCAGGCGGCUGUGGAGUGCGCCCGCAAAGCGAACAGCGUCAAGGUGUGGAAGGAAGUCAACGAAGCUUGCGUGAACAAGAAGGAAUUCCGUCUCGCCCAGAUUUGUGGUCUCAACCUGAUCGUCCAUGCAGAAGAGCUUCAGGACCUUGUUCGUCAAUACGAGCGUAACGGAUACUUCGAUGAGCUCAUUGCGGUUUUGGAAGCCGGCUUGGGUCUGGAGCGUGCUCACAUGGGCAUGUUCACCGAGCUGGGCAUUGCGCUGUCCAAGUACCACCCUGACCGCGUCAUGGAGCACCUCAAGCUCUUCUGGUCUCGCAUCAACAUCCCCAAGAUGAUCCGGGCCUGCGAAGACGCGAGUCUGUGGCCUGAGUUGGUCUUCUUGUACUGCCACUACGACGAAUGGGACAACGCAGCCCUGGCUAUGAUGGAGCGUGCUGCCGACGCCUGGGAGCACCACUCUUUCAAGGACAUCAUUGUCAAGGUUGCGAACUUGGAGAUCUACUACCGCGCCCUCAAUUUCUAUCUCCAGGAACAGCCAUUGCUGCUGACCGACUUGCUCCAGUCCCUCACCUCCCGCGUCGACGUCAACCGUGUCGUGCGCAUCUUCCAGUCCUCAGACAACAUCCCUCUCAUCAAGCCCUUCCUGCUCAACGUCCAGACCCAGAACAAGCGGGCAGUGAACGAUGCGAUCAAUGACCUGCUGAUUGAGGAGGAGGACUACAAGACGCUCCGCGAUUCCGUGGACAACUACGAUAACUUCGAUGCGGUGGCCCUCGCGCAACGGUUGGAGAAGCAUGACCUGAUCUUCUUCCGCCAGAUCGCCGCCAACAUCUACCGCAACAACAAGCGCUGGGAGAAGUCGAUCGCACUGUCGAAGCAGGACAAGCUCUACAAGGAUGCCAUUGAGACUGCCGCUAUCUCCGGCAAGUCGGAGGUGGUUGAAGAACUCCUUCGCUACUUUGUGGAUAUUGGCAGCCGCGAGUGUUACGUUGGUAUGCUGUAUGCCUGCUACGAUCUUAUCCGCCCGGAUGUGAUCAUGGAACUGUCGUGGCGCCACGGGCUGCACGAUUUCACGAUGCCGUUCAUGAUCAACUUCCUGUGCGAGCAGACGCGGGCGAUCGAGAUGCUAAAGAAGGACAACGAGGAGCGGAAGGCUCGGGAGACGACGCAGAAGGUGGAAGAGGACAACACACCCAUUUUGGGCGGCUCGCGGUUGAUGUUAACGCAGGGACCGGCGGCGCCGGCACCCGCGCCCAUGGGGUAUGCCAAUGGAAUCACGCCGCAGGCGACCGGAUUCCGGCCCUUCUAA